GCCUGGGACUGAUAAUCUAGAAAUUGGCGGGAAAUGACUUGCUAGGUGUUCCCUUGACUUCGGCAAUCCCUAGACCUCUCAUAGUGUACGGUUCAAAGUACUCCACUCAUAGUUUUCAGGGAUUGAUUGUGGUUCUGUAGGGAUUGUCGGUGUAAGGCAGGUAGUAGUAUGAAGAAGCGACUUCGGUUAUCAACAGCUGCUCAGCGGUUCAGUUGGUGGGAAAGUAGAGACUAAUAUCAAGCCGGCUAUCCCAAGAUCUUAUAUUUCUGGAUCCCUUCCGGGAUGCCUUUGCUGCCCAACCCCUAAUUAUAGUCACUGACGCAUUCCAGGCCUUAUCAGCUCCUCCCGUCCAUCCGUCGUUCAUCCUUAUCACCUCCUUCCAUGCAGCCGUUACCCUGCUUACAUUUCUGCUCUUGCAUGAUGUCCUGAUUGCGUCUCUGCUUUAUCGCUUCCGGGCACUGCGAUCAUCACUACGGCUUCGCGCUUUCCGAGUGAAGGGGUUUCGGCAACCAGGCAGCGCUGGGAACCAGGCACGACGACUGCCAGGGAAUUUCGCUCCUCACGCUAGCCAGCGCUGCUGCCAUGGAUGCCAAACCUAUGCUGACGAAAUGCCCGGGAAAGCGGUGGGAAAGCAUCGCUUCCGCGACAAAAACCUCUCAACCGCAACCAACCGCCUCUCACCCGCAACCAGCCACCUCCCACCCGCAACCAAUCACGUCGCACCCACACCCAUCCGACUCAGGCAUUUCCGACUCUGAAAGCGGCAAACCCAGCCGGCCACGCCUCUCCAUCUUCGGCUGGACUAAAGGUGCUGGUAGCAACAGCACCGGUGGCGGCAGUGGGGGUAGUCGUGGUGGUAGUCCUGUUCGCGCCUCUGCUGGAGCAUCGGGAGCUGGCGCAGGCAAGACGAAGGAGAGCAGAUCGCCGGAGAGCAGCAGGAGUCGUAUCCCCGUUAUAAGCUCUCCUCAGUCCCAGAGUACAGAUGGUGGUGACUCUUCGCACGGUGCAAACGGAGCGAUUGAGGGUUCGCCGUCGCAGGCCGCUAGGUGGACAGGAGCAAACUCUGCCUCACCACCGGGAGAAGACCCAGCCAGCGGUUAUAAUCAUCAGGGUAUUGGUCCAGGCGCGAGCUCUCGUCCUUCCAGCUAUGGCAGCUCGAACAGCAACAGCAACAGCACCAGCAACAGCACCACCACCACCACCACCAGCGGCGGCGGCAGUAGCAACGGAUCCUCGCGGUUCUCCCUGUCUCCGCCACGGGAUCCGUACGGGGACGCUCGGAAGAUCAGCAGCCGUUACUGCCUCUGGGACGACCGGCACAAGGUCUGGUUCCGCUUCGACGGCGCGAGCAGAGUCUUCUGGAAGGUCGCGGACGGCAGAUCGCCUCACGAGGGCGAAUGGGUCAGGCUGCCUUACGAAGGCGAACGGCCCAAGAUGGACUCUUCCAGUAGGAAAGGCUUCGACUCGCCUCAGAACGACUCCAAGCGCCUAGGCCGGACAGCAAGCGGAGACGUCGGCGCGGGGAAGAGCGGCGGGGCGAGGGAGGAGGGGGAGAGGCGGAGGCGGCCGGCGUCUAUGACGGGGGGAGUUGGCGGGGGGGGAGAGUCUACCCCGUGGGGGUUCGCGGGGGAUCUGAAGACGGACACGGAGGAGGAGUUAAAGGCGUUGCACGCGGGGCCGGACCCCAACGCGCCGUCGCUCCAGGUGUCGAAAUCCUUCCCCCCGGAUGUGGGGAAAGCAGCGGCGAACGCGACAGGUGCUGCAGGGAGGCACAUUCUGCCGCCGCUGCCAGUCGCGCCCCCUAUAGGUCCAUCCGGCUCUUCCUCUCCUCCCUCUCCUCCCUCUCCUCGUAGCGGCCCGUCCACGCCCCCAGAAGCAUCAUCCAUGGGCGCAGCAGCAGGGGCGGGAGGAGCGGCAAGGGGAGGGGCAGCAGCAGGAAGAGGAGGAGCAGGGGGUAUGGGUAUGGCAUCAGCGGCAGCAGGAGGGCCGUUUAGUGCGCAUUCGUCUCCUGCGAAACAGCCGUUGCUUCCGCUGGAGCAAGGGCCUUCGUCCACCAUGUCUCCAGACAGACGGGCUCAAUCCUCCAGCCCCCUUCCCCUCCCUCCGGCAAGACAGGUAGCGGCUCUCGGCUCUGGGUCCAUGGGUGGGAGAGCAGACGCAUCGGCGGCAGGUUUCGGGCCAGGAUUAGUAGCAGGAGCAGCAGCAGCAGCAGCAGCAGCAGCAGCAGUGCCAGCUCCAGGGCCGCAUGCCAACGAGCCCAGUACGUCCAAUUCACCUGUCCGUGCGCUCUUCCCUGUGCACUCCUCCCCUUCCCGCGACCUCGAAGCCGUUUCUGUGAAGCGCCCUUUGCCCCAGGAGGCUCCGCCGUUGAUCCAUGUAGGUCUAGGCGCAGGCGGAAUGGGCGGCGCUGCUGCUGGUGUGGGUGUGGGUGCUGCUGCUGGUGUUGGUGGGGGCGGUGGUGGGGGUGGUGGGGUUGUCAGUCCCCUCAUGGCUGGGAGAUCCGUAUCUACUUCUGGAGCGGCCGUUGCUCUAUUCGGUGGCGGAUCCCAGGAGCACAGCCCCCGGAUGACUCCCCUCCUGCCAGUUUCCUCUCCCAUGCCUGCUGUAGCAUCUGUAGCAGCUCCUAAUUCGGCUGUAGCAGCCACGUCAGCCUCGUCAACCGGCACCUCCCCUUCUGGCCGCUACGGAUCGUCCUCGCCACCAGGUGCGCCGUUUCCUGCUGCUGGCGUUGCUGGGAGCUCUGUGCUGAAUCGGCAAGGGAGUGGCGGGAUGGGUGGGGGGUUUGGAGGCGGGAUGGGCGGAGCGGCUGGUUCAGGGAUGGGCGGAGGGAUGGGCGCAGGAAUGGGAGCAGGGAUGGGCGGUGGGAUGGACGCAGGAAUGGGCGUAGGAAUGGGAGGAGGGAUGGGCGGAGGAAUGGGGGGAGGAAUGGGAAUGACGUCACCAGGGGGCAUGAUGACCCAUCCAGGAGGCACCAUCACACCAGCCAGCAGCUCCAAGCUCCAGACUCGAUCCGCCUCGCCCUUGCGGAUCAACCCCCGCGUGCCAAAGCUCGACAAAAUCCCAAUCUCCCUCACCAAGUCCCCUGUAGCCUCCCCUAGAGCAGCAGACAGGCCGCUGCUUCCGUUUGACGCACCUGUGCCUCAGAACCCGGCGUUCCCCAAGUCGUCCAGCCAAACGUCCACCCCUGGACGGGUGUCUAGGGUGAGCUCGAUGAAUGAGGGGCCGGGGAGGGAUGUUGCAGGGCCGCCAGGAGGGCUGGGCUUCGGGCAGCAUUUGGGGCAGCAGCAAAUGGGGCAGCCGUUAGGGCAGCAAAUGGGGCAGCAACUAGGUCAGCCGUUCGGCCAGCAGUUAGGGCAGCCUUUGGGGCAGCAGAUGGGCCAGCAAAUGGGGCAGCCACUAGGGCAGCAGGUGCAGCAGCAGCUCGGGAGGGAAGGCAUGCUUCCCUGGCAGCAAUUCCCCAAGUCGUCCAGUCAAACCUCGAAUCCUGACACCGCCCCACCCUGGCAGCCGCAGCACCAGCAGCAGUACCAGCAGCAGCAGCAGCAGCAAUUUCAGCCACCACCAUUCCCCCGAACCUCCAGCCAAACCUCCUCCCAUUACCCAACCUCCCCAGGCCAGGCCACCCCUGGAAACCUCUCCAGGGGAGGUUCCACUAACGAGGGCUCCAUGCUCGUGCCCCCAGGAGGCUCUCCUACAGUCACAGCAGGCUCAGCGUCAGCCGCUGCCUCUGCUGGCGGGGGAUCUGGUGGGAAUUCCCUGGGGGCUGGAUCUCUUAUGAGUGCCAGCAGCAGGAGCAUAAUCAGCCAGGGGUCAGGGGCGAGCAGCAUGUGGGAGGGGUCGGGGAGUGAGAGGGGAGGGAUGGAUGAGGAGGGCGACCCUUGGGUGCCUCAGAGGGGCCGGUGGAAGAAGGGCAGCAGGAUUGGUUCAGGGGGAUUUGGAUCCGUGUACAAAGGCUGCGACUUGGAAACCUCGCGUGUGUUUGCUGUCAAGGAGGUCAACAUCUCCGACCACUCCUCUAUCUCUCAGCUUGUGCAGGAAAUCGACACCUUGAAGAAAAUGCGCCACAAGCGGAUAGUCCGCUACCUCGGCUCGGAAACAGACGACAAGUGCAUGUACCUCUUUCUCGAGUACAUGGACACGUCCCUUUCCAAGUACCUGGAGGAUUUCGGCCCUUUGGAGGAGCACCAGAUCUCAAAGUACACGCGGCAGCUGCUGGAAGGGCUGGCGUACCUGCAUGACAACAACAUCGUGCACCGAGACGUGAAGGGGAAGAACAUCCUGCUAGAUACCAAGGGGAACGCCAAGCUGGCUGACUUUGGCGUAGCGAAAUACGUGGAAACGCCAGCAGACAUGUCGGGCAUGCGGGGCACUGUGUGGUGGAUGGCACCCGAGGUGAUCAAUCGGCGGGAGGAAGGCUACAACUGGCCGGUGGACAUCUGGAGCCUGGGAUGCACCAUCAUCGAGAUGGCCAUGAGGGUGGUCGAUAAGCGCCUGCGCAUCCCAUGGCUCGACCCCGAGGGCAGACCGCCCUGGGGGGCCAAUCCCACUGAUGGGAUGGCAGCUAUCCUGCGCAUUGGAGGCACCACAACCUCCCCGCCCUUCCCCAGCCACUUGUCAGACUGUGCCAAGGACUUUCUCCUCCACUGCCUCUCAGUGGACCCCUCCCGCCGCCGCCCUGCGCAUGUGCUCAUGCACCACGUCUUCGUGGCGGGCCCAGCUGGCCCCGUCCCCAUGCCCUUAGGGGCGGGGGGCAUGAGUGGUGGGGGGAUGAGUGCAGGGGGCAUGAGUGCAGGGGGGAUGAACGCAGGCCACAUGGACGCUCCUCCUCGCUCUCCCAGGUCGGUCCCCUCUCAACCCUCUUACCCCCCUUCGUGGGAGCAGCCCUUAUAUUAUCAGCAGCAGCCACAGCAGCUACUGCACCAUCAGCAGCAGCCGCAGCAGCAGCAGCAGCCCCUCCCCUGGCGCGAUUCUGGCCCAAAUCCAUCCGGCCCCUCAGGUCCGGCAUUGUCCGGACCUGGGAUGCACUCCGGACCUGGUCGGUACGGAUGGACAGACGACAUGGCUGCUCGGGAGUACAGCGCCGGACCACCCUAUGGUCCAGGCUCGGCUGCAGGCUUGGCAGCCAGUGGCGGUGGGAGGCUGAGUCCGCAGCCCGGUUAUCUACGAGGGGAGGAAGGGGGAGGGUUUGGAGGCACGGGAGGAGGAGGAGGGGGUAUGGGAGUGGGGGGAGGAGUGUUACCACCUGCUAGGACGCGCAGCAGCCCUACAGUUGACCUGAGAGAGAUGGUGGAUCAUGCAGAGGCCUUUUUUGCACCUGGUGCUGCUGGUAAUGGUGCUAGUGCUGGCAGUGCCAGGAAUGGCCCAGAGCCCUUGUUCGGGAGCAGUGGUAGUGGCGGCGGCGGCGGUGGUGGUGGUGGCGGUGGCGGUGGCAGUGGCGGUGGCAGGAAUGGCCCAGAGCCCUUGUUUGGUGGCAGUGGUAGUGGCGGCGGUGGUGGUGGCGGUGGUGGUGGCAGUGGUAGGAGUGAGCCGGAGCCUUUGUUCCCAGGAGGAACUGCUUCUGGUGCUUCUGGUUCGGGUGCUUCUGCUGGUGGCCCAGGCCCCGAGCCUCUUUUCCCGAGCCAGGACAACCGAACCUCACCUCCCGCCCCUCCUCAUUUUCAGCAGCAGCAGCAGCAGCAGCAGCUGCCACUGGAUCGCACGCGGAGCCCUGCAUCCAGUGAGCUUCAGAGCAUGGGGCUCACAGGCAGCAACAGCAACAACAGCAUCAAUUACCCUGUCAAAUCCCCGCCACGAGGCAAGCAAAAAUCCCUUUCCGGCCCUCUCACCCCUCCACGCAGCCGGCCUAGUCGGGAGUCAUCACGCACGUACAGCCAUGGCAUGCCUUCUCUACCAGACCAAGGGACGUAUCUGGAGGAGAGUGAGGGAGCGGGGGAUCGGCCGUACAGUGGUGGUGGGAAAUCCCAUGGGAUGGAGCAGGAUGGGUACUCGUCAUAUGACCGGGAGAGAGAACGGGAGAGGGAGAGAGGGCGAGAAUGGGAGAGGGAGAGGGAGAGGGAGAGGGAAGGGUACAACUCGAGGAGGACCGCGUCAGAGGCUGAUGCCAGUGCGUAUGCUCCCCAGGGUACUCCUCCCUACCACCUCCAGAACCAGCAGCAUCAUCCGCAGCUGCAGCAUCAGCAGCAGCAGCACCCACAACACCAGCUACAGUACAGAGGGAUGGAGCAGCGGCAGCCUGUACAGGAUCAGCUUAUAUCGAGACGGUCUCCCGAGCCUUCCCCUCCCCAAUCCCCAUCUUCUUAUGGGCGGGCCAAACCGCUGUUUGAUGAUGGUGGCAUGGGUGGCGGUGGCAGGGGCAGCAGCGGUGGUGGUACUGGAGGUGUUGGGGGCGGUGGGGGGAUGUAUGGGGGGCCACAUGGCCCUUCUCCCCCUCCUCCGCCUCAUCAUUUGAGUGCGAGGGGGGGUAGCGGUGAUGGGUAUGGCGGUGGGGAGGCCUAUGGGGGUGGAGGGCCGAUGGGGCAUUGGAACCAGAGGGACGUCUCCCCACAUCGAGCCUCCUCCCUCUCCAUCCCUCCCCACGAACACCACCCGCAUCACUUCUCAUCCCUUCAAGGCCCCCACACGGCUCCCCAGCAGCAAUCACGCGGCCCAUACCCCUACUCUUCGCAGCAAAACCCCUACCACCACCCCCAGCAAAACCCUUCCUACUCCCAGCGUUCCUACGAUCACUAUGCCCCGCCGCCCAGCCAAUACCAGCAGCAGAUGUGGCAAGGAGGGGGAGGGGGAGGGGGAGGGGGAGGAGGAGGGGGAGGGGGGCGGAUGGGGGGAGGGUGGGAGCAGAAUGCAGAGGGCAUGGGUAUGUAUGGGUCGUCAGCCCAUGGCUCUGGUGGUGGCGGUGGUUAUCCUGGUGGCAUGAGAGGGGAUGUGCGAGGAGGCAUGGGCCCAAGCACGGGACCAGGCUCGGGAUCAGGUAUGGUUCCAGGUUCGGGACCUGGUAUGGGUCCCGGACCAGGGUCGGGCUUGGGACGGGGGGGGUUCAGUGGUGCCAGUGGCAGUGGUGGCAGUGGUAGUGGAUAUGGUGAUUAUAUGGGGGGGCAAGUAGGGCUGGGAGGAAUCGGACGGACAAUGUCAACGGGAGAGUGGGAGCAGCGGCAGCAUCCUUCAUCGAAUCAGUACAUGCAUCAAAGUUACAGUAACGCACCAGUAUCCAGUAGUUACAAUGUGGGGGGAGGAGGUGGGGGGAGGUAUAAUGGUCCGGGUUCGAUGUACGGAGGGGGAGGGCAUGGGGUUUCCCCACCUCCCCCUCAGCAGUACAUGCAGCCGCACUGGCAACAGCCUGGGAGUGAACAGUUGCGAGGGUCGGGAGGAAGUGGUAACAUUAGUAAUAGUGGGGAUUUUGGCGGAAAGGGAUCGUCCGAAUGGCAGCAGUACCAGGUUAGGAGGGCAGCACAAGGCCAGCAGCAGCAGCAGCAUCAGUAAUAUUCGUGAAAUAUGAGUUGGCUUGUGAGGGCUAUUUAUUCGUUUAGAUGUAGGGGAUGUAGUGAUCAAUGGUCCAAAUCCAUGCAAAUUUGUGUUAGGUUUGUUGUAUGAAUGUUCUGGUGUUUGUCAUUAUUUAGCUAAAAGGUUUC